GCAGGCGGAGGUAGGACAAGGGUCAGGAGCAAGGGCAGAAGGGUUUCUUUGUUGCUCAGUGGAAGGAAGGGCUGUGCUUAGCGCAGGCGGAUUUGCCCUGGUGUUUCUUACAAGGACUGAGGGUGGGAUGAGAGGCGCCCUGCAGUGGGCGUGCUUGCCAGUAGGCAAAGGAGAAAUGCAAAUGAUGCCAGUCAGUCUCUGCGCUGUACUGGGGAGCCAGCCUGGGAGCAGAGCGACGUGAGAGCCCCACUGCCUUCUGCCUGUGAGCUGAACGGAAGGAUUCCUGGGCUGAGAUGGAUCUCCAUCUCUGCAGCUCCUGACCUCUUGGAUUUGGUGAUCUGGUGCAGGGAAGCUUUUGGCCAUGAUUUAUCAUCGCCGUAGCUAACCUGCGUGGGAAAAGUGUCAACUUUAGAUCUUGCAUCCAAGCUUUGAACACAGCUUUGACUUGCCAGUGCUUCCCGUUGUCUCCACUUGUCUGGUGCCUCCCUGAAAAGUAUGCCUGGUCUGGAAAUCUGUUCUUAUGUCCUAGCUUUUGUGCAGUAAAGGAGCUUUUGAAACGUUGCUUCUUGCAGCAGUUCAGUGUUUCAGGAGAGAGAAAAACACAGCUGGCAGAGGCUGGAUUUCUGCUGUUAGUGAAGCUGAGCUGAGCUCUAAACUGGCUCUUACACUGGGAACGUGAGCAAAGCCUGCAGGCACAGGGGAUUAGCUUUUCCCUGCGGGCUGAGCACGUCAGAGGCAGGUCAUCGCUGGGAGAGCUCGUGCUUUACAGCAUCAGGCCGUACAGAGAAAGUAAUUCUAAAAGCAAGCUUGCCAGUUCUUUUUGAGCUGAGCGGUUGUUGAGCAAGGAAAGAUUGGAGAUGCUGUUCGCUCAUGGAAGGCGGAGAGGCAAAAAGCAAGGAAAGGGUGUGCUGUGCAUGGCCAGCUCAUCGCACCUGCACCGCUCCCCCUGCUCCAAGGAGGAGCAGCUCAGCGAGCUUGGCCUGGGCCACUGAAGGGAACACAGCAACACCUGGACCAACCCCUCCAUUCCCGCCCCCUCCGCACGCCUCGCCACUUUCCUGCUUUUCAUGCCAGGGUGGGGCGGAGUGGCUUUCAGCUGAGUCCGGUCACGGCGCCGGCGGAACCGCCGUCCCCAGCACUGGGCCGUGUGGGCGACUGGCGGUGGCGCUGGGAUGGAUGGACUGCUCUGCACUGCAGAAGGAAAGCAGCAGCCCAUCCGACUCCGUUUAGACUGCAAUAAAGGACAUAUCUCACCGUAGCUACGAGCCAGUUGAGUCAAAAGGAGCUCAGCACCUCAGCUUCCUGGAGCGUGGCAUCUCGUUUAAAAUAAUGGGGUUUGAAAGCUGAACAGUGUCUAGUCCAACAAGCUUAUUCUCUUAGGCCGUGGUGAAGCUGAGGAAACCAACUCAGGAAUGGGACACGGCAUGUGUUGUGUCAAGCAGGUGAUGCCUUUAUUACAGCCGGGUGCGUGGGAUCGCUCCACCAACACGCACAGCCAGAGAAGCAGGGACUGCAGAUUUAUAGGCGUAGCAUGUACGUAUCCAUCACAUUCCAAGGACAUGGGCAGAAAUUCCAAGAAAUAAUUCACAUCUCUGGUGGUCAUGAGAUGAAGGCUAAUAGUCAUCCUCGCUGUCAAUUUCCAACCUUUUAAGGGGGCCUGCCCAAACCGGCUCCCACUGAUGUUACGUCAUGCUGAGGCAUCCGUUUUGCCAUCUGAUCUUCAACAAGAGGACGUCAAUUCUAAGCCGAUUCCAGAAAUCCCAUCAGAGGGAGCAGAUGUUCCGGCAGACAGAACAAACUGUGAUCUUCAAGGACCCUUGCGGCACAAACCGUUCUAUAGUUCAAUGAUCACUAAGAAACAUCCCAACCCAUGCCAUCCUGUGCCUCUCUGAUCUUCCAGGACCCUUCCAACACAAACCAAUCUACGGUUCUUUGAUCAGCAAGGAACUCCCAACGCUGGCCAUCCCAACCAAGCCAUCCUGUGGUUCUUAAUGAUCUUCCAGGACCCUUCCAACACAAACCGUCCUAUGGUUCUAUGAUCUUCCAGGACUUUCCCAACGCAUCCAUGCUGUGGUUCUUCAUGAUCUCCAAGGACCCUCCUGUGCUGGUGAUGUCACAAUGCCGUGCUGAGCUCACAGAGGCCCCGGGGCGGGGCGGGGGCAGUGGGUCAGCGCUCACCCUGCCGGCCCCAUUCUGCGGGUGUGCAGGUCUGCGAGCAGCUGUGCGAGCGGUGCAGCCAUGCGGGCCCAGUUUGCCAGCGGAAAUUUAACAGCGCUGCAGCGCGUGAAGCUGCUGCAGGAGCUGAUGCAGGUGAGCUCUGGGUGGGCGGGCACAGAAGGGCCGGCGGGACGAGCUGCCGGCUGGAGGGCGCCCUGCCCGUGGCGCGGCAGCAGAGGGCCGGGCACCUCCGGCGGGAUGCAGAGCUGCCGGCAGCGCCUCGGUGCCAGCGCCGCUCCUCUCUCCUCCCACAGGCUCAUGAGCGGGUUGUGGAGAACCACAGCGCUGAGGCCAAGGAACUGCUGAUGAAGGAGUGCCGGAAAGCACGGGAUGAAAGAGGGGCUGCUAGGCGAGAGGAGCUGGAGCAGGUAGGGUGGAGCGGGGGCUCGUCCUCAGAACUCGGCGUCCUCACGGCUCUGGCUGUGAGGAGGACCUCGGUCCCGGUCCCUUGGGUCCGUGGGUCCCAGCACAGCCAUCCCACAUGGCCCAGCUGUUGUCUUGCAGGAGAAGCAGCUCAUCGCCCAGCUGGAAAAGCAGCUGCAGGCUGAGAGCGAGGAGAUUGAGGUAGUGUGGAGGGGCGAGGGGAUCGGGGCUGCCCGCCCCCAGGCUGGGGACCUGGAGGAGGGCUGCAGCGGGCACGGCGCUCAUGCUUUUGUCUGCCAGGUGCUGCGCCAGGAGAAACAGCGCCUGCAAGAGGAGCUGGAGGAGCUGGAGGUGGAGAGUGCCUGGUGAGUGGGACUGGGCCCUGCAGCCCACGCCUGCACCCCGGGGUCUCUGCAGCACCCGGGGCAGCAAUGGGGCUGCAGCGCUGCUGGGCUUGGGGCUCGGGUCCCGUUCGGCACGUGGCGGGACGGAGCAGCCCCAUCCCAGCCCUGGGGUGGGCGCACACUGCUGGGGAGCCCCCGCGGUGACAGAGGCCAGCACCCUCCGACCGAGCCUUGUGCCCUACAGGCAGCAGCAUCAGAUGGAGCUGGAGGCAGCCCCCGUGCCUGGGGCUGUGCUGCCGGAGCUGGUGGAGGCACAGCUGGAGAAGGAGGAGCGGGCGAGGAGACGAGGACUCGCCUUCUGGAUGCAGACGAUCUGCGUCAUCCUGGUCUGCCUCCAGCUGCUCCUCGUUGUUGUGCUGGGCUCUGCAGUGCUGUACGCCCAGCACUUCGACCAGGAGCUCUUCUAUCGGCUCCUGCCUCGAGUGCUGCCCCGGGCAACGUACGCUUCCCUGGCGUACUUUGCGAGCAGCACCCUGCGUGUGGUCUGUGAUGGGCUGCUGCCCAUCUGACCGCCGGGCUCGGUAGCCCCUCCCAGCUCGGGGCUGCGCGGUGGGGCGCGGGGAGAGGGCUCUGUCCCCAUGGAAGGGGCCUCUCCUGUGCUCCUGCCCCCCGGGGCGCACAGGCACAGCUGUGGGGCAGUGCUGACAGGCAGCUGAGUGCCACCCCUUUGGACUUCUCAGUGAGUUUCUACUGUCGUCGUGAGCCGUCGUCGGCUGAACACCACCUCCUGCGACGACCCAGCACACUGGAGGGGUCCGCACCUGACACCAGGACGUGGCUGGAUCUACGAGCGCUUUGCUGCCUGUCCCUCUUUCCCCAUUUUCUGCCUUUUUUGUCAUCUGGUAUUCUUUGGCUCUUUGUCACAGCCAUUGCCUACAGUUGUUACAUCUAACGUUAUUCAUUGCAAUCAGCCCAUUGGCCAAUGUUACCACCAAUUGGUUGUUGCUGGCUGUUAAGAAAGCUCUCAAUAAAUGGUCAUCUAUUAUUCCUCUGAGUUUGGGUGACUCCAUUGCGGUAGCGGCCCUUUGCUGACCAGGGGAGGCACGACUCAGGAGACGGAAAGAGAUUCCGCCCUUCAAACGGCACCGAGUGGGACGAGACGUAGAUGGGAAGAGAAACGGGAUGAGCAGCGCCCCUCUGCACACAGACGUCUGCUGCUGUGUCUGCACAGAUCUCUUCUGCCCAGUGGAGUUUGUCCAUGAAGGCUGCAGCAAAGAAAAAGUGUCUCUGCUGGGGGGCUCUGGAGAGGCAUAGAGAUGGAAGACAGGAGAAAUGAAAACCAAAAGCAGAAGCCCAAGGUCAAAUGGUGCCAAACAGCAUAACCCCAGGAACAAGAGGCUGAACCCCUUUAGCAAAAGCCUGAAGCCAAGGCCCAAAGAUUUCACCCUUUUAACAAGAAGUUGCACCCCAGUGCCAAAUGCUGCACCCCUUUCACCAAAUCCCGCGUUAGCAGGACUGGUGGCUGUGGCUUUAGACCCCUGCCAACAUUUAUGGGCGGAACAGCUUCAGGGAAGGGGACGCCGGGCGGUCAGGGGACGGCGGCGCGGGGGCACCGCCGCCGGCCCCGUCCGUCCUCCGU